AUGUGUACAAAUACAGAAAAUCCAUCAGCUAACCCUCAGCCAGAAUUAACAAACAAAUCAUCAUUUUAUCCUACAACUCCAAUUCGACGCAAAUGGUGGAAAGAAGCUGUAGCAUAUCAAAUCUAUCCACGUUCAUUUCAAGAUUCCAAUGGAGAUGGAGUUGGCGAUAUAUUUGGUAUGAUUCAACGACUUGAUCAUAUAAAAAGUCUUGGUGCUGAUCUAAUUUGGAUUUGCCCAAUUUUUAAAAGUCCAAAUGAUGAUAAUGGAUACGAUAUUUCUGAUUAUCAAAAUAUUAUGGACGUAUUUGGUACCAUGGCAGAUGUUGACGAACUCAUAAAGCAGUGUCAUGCUCGAAAUAUGCGUAUAAUAUUUGAUCUUGUUUUAAAUCAUACAAGCGAUCAACAUCCAUGGUUUGUUGAGUCUCGAUCAUCGCGUACCAAUCCGAAACGUGAUUGGUAUAUUUGGAAAGAUGGUAAACCAGGUGGUCUCCGUCCAAAUAAUUGGGAAAGUAUUUUCAAUGGUUCAGCUUGGGAAUACGAUAAAGAAACAGAUCAAUAUUAUUUACAUUUAUUUUCUCGUAAAAUGCCGGAUGUCAAUUGGGAAUGUGCUGAAUUACGCCGAGAAUUAUAUAAAAUAACACGUUGGUGGCUUGAACGAGGUAUCGAUGGUUUUCGUAUUGAUGCUGUAUCGCAUAUAAAAAAGAAACCUGGCCUACCAGAUUUACCGAAUCCGAAGCAACUUGAAUUUGUUUCCUCAUUUGAUUAUCAUAUGAAUGUCGACGGUAUUGAAGAAUAUUUAGAUGAAUUCAAACGUGAAGCAUACGGCGAUCUUGACGUGGUUACUGUUGGCGAAGCAAAUGGUGUUAGUGCUGAUCAAGCUGUGGAGUGGGUGCAUGAAGAAAGAGGAAAAUUUAGUAUGAUAUUUCAAUUUGAAGCAACAAAUCUAUGGGAUAAAACAUUGGGCGCAAUUGAUGUUUUGGCAUUUAAACGUAUUAUGACAAGAUGGGAAAAAAGUUUAGAAAAAAGUGGCUGGAAUGCGUUGUUUCUUGAAAAUCACGAUAAACCACGUAUUGUAUCGACAUGGGGCAAUGACAAAGAAUAUCUAAGAGAUUGUGCUACAGCAUUUGCAACUGUAUAUAUGCUUAUGAUGGGAACACCAUUUAUAUUUCAAGGUCAAGAAAUAGGCAUGACAAAUGUGCGUUUCCCGUCGAUUAAUGAUUAUCCCGAUGUAGCUGCAAGAAAUUUUUACAAUCUUCAAUUAGCUAACGGUGUUGAUCAUGACGAGCUUAUGAAGAUAAUUCAUAUGACUGGUCGUGACAAUGCGCGUACGCCAAUGCAAUGGGAUGAUUCAUUAAAUGCAGGUUUUAGUACAGCACAACAAACCUGGAUUGGUGUUAAUCCAAAUUAUGUUCGUAUUAAUGUAGCACAACAGGAAAAAGAUGAAACUUCUGUAUUAAAUUUCUACAAACGUCUCAUACGCUUACGAAAAGAACACGAUCUAUUUACUUAUGGAAUUUAUGAUUUAAUAUUAUCUAAUCAUAAGCAAAUUUAUGGUUAUACACGUACAUCAGAUAUGAAACGAGCAUAUAUUUUAACAAAUCUAACAGGGCGUGUUGCACAAUUUGCAUUAUGUCAAGGUUUAUCAUCUUCACAACUUGUUUUAACCAAUUUAAUUGAACCAGUGCCGGAACAUAAGGACGAAAAAUCAUUUAAAUUUCGACCCUAUGAAAUUCGUGUAUAUAUAAUUGAUCAUCAGAAGAAAGAAUCGCAUCAUCAUCAUCAUCGUAAGGAUGAAAAAACGAAACGUACGACUGAUCAAACUGAACUAAAUACAACAGACAAAUCCUUAACAAAACUCCAAAAAAUUGCUUCGCAAAAUCUUGAACACAUCUCUCACCAUCCAACAGAACAAGGUCAAACGGAUAUUAUAGCAGCAUUAGCAGAAGCAACUAGGCAAGCUUUAUUUGAAGCAGAAACAUCGAAACGACGUUCAAUAACAGUAGACCAAGAAAAAGUUACGCCAGACAGUUCAGAAAUCGAUCUUGAAAACGAAUCAAUUAAUAAAAAACGACAGCGACAACGAUCGCUGGUUCUUAAUCUUGAAAAUGUAACGCCUGCUAUGCAAAAUGAUCCAUCUUCAUUGAACCACCAAUGUCGAUCAUUCACGUGUUUAACAUCACCAAAGCCAAGUGCGACUGGUCAUCAUGCUGAUAGUUCAUCGGAUGAUGAUGAAAAUAAAAAGAAGACAACAACGACCGCUAAAAGCGAAGAAGAAUCAACUGAUACAAGCGAAAAUGAUGUUGAUUAUUCUGUUCUAAAUGAUGAAUCAAUUCAAGAUUUUAGUUUUACAAGCGCACGUGAACAAGCUAAAAAACGAAUUUUACAUGAUGAAGAAGAAUUCACAUUAAAGCAAGCCAAAGAAAAAAAAUAA